GAGAUCUCUAAAAUCUCAAGUCGUUCCACGCUCGUCCAUGUCGUUUUUUCCCUUUCCGAUCGGUAUGUUUCUUGGAGUUGUCGAAGGUGAGCUCCACCACCGCAUCUUCGGCUGGAAGCCGCCUUGCUGGCCGAACUGCCAUCUGAGACGUCGUUGACCAUGCUGAGCUUGAUGCUCUUCUUGUACAGUUUACAGAGCGUCGCCUCCAACUCGCGCUCACUGCCUCAGACAGCAACAGGCACCAUCCAUUCUAGCCAUUUAUCCACUGUUUGCUUUUCUCAAUUAAAUUAGUUUGAAUUUCAAAAUUCAUGAAUUUUUUGGCUAUAUUAGUUGAGGACAAACCUAUAACGCUCUACAGGCUCGGAGCUCCUUUAACACUUGAUAUCCUUGUCUUGAAGUAUGUUAAUUUCCUCAAUGAAACCAGCAAACUUAUGUUAUGUAGAAUGGGUUCAGUAAACCUUGUCUACUUGGUCGUUUUCGCCGCCACCACCAGAGCCAGAGGCAGCGGCUCUGCCAAGGUGCCCGAGAGACGCCCUAAAGCUAGGUGUAUGUGCAAAACUGUUGGGAAUUUGGUGGAAGUGGAGGCCGGGAAACCUCCGACGAGCCCGUGUUGCAGCUUGCUGAAGGGCGUGGUGGAGCUGGACACGCUCGGCACGCUUUCUCUCAGCUUGCUGCUCAAUGUUGAGAUUGUCAUGGGAGUUGGAAGGAAUUUGAAAGCAUAUGAUCUUAUUGAGGUGGUCUUGGAGAAUAAGUGAUGAAUCAAUAAGUUUUCUAGAAAUUUUUUGUAGAAGAAUAUCAUAUAUUUCGUUCAUGUGUGUUACAAUAUCACUUGAAUUCAUGCUUGGUUUUGUUGUUUAAGUUGUAAGUAUAAUAUCAGUCUUUUUGUUUGGAUUUUAUUAAUUUGUAUUUGAAGUUUUUUUAUGUUCCUUGUA